AUGGCUGACCAAACCAACACAGCUCUCGUCGUACGCGUGAGCGGACAAACGCCUACUUUAUCGAAAGAGGCCAUUCAGCGCCCUUCUCCCGCAGCAAACCAAGUGCUUGUGCAGAUAUCCCAUGUCGCCCAGAACCCCACAGAUGUGCAAUCUUUUGAUGGGAAUGCCUUUGGUGAUGGAGUGGUUCUUGGAUGUGAUUUUGUUGGCAAAGUCGUUGAGCUGGGAAAGGAUGUCACGCGGUUGGCCAUAGGAGAUAUCAUUGCGGGCUUGAUCUGGGGAGGUGAAACCAAGGGUCUGGGUGCAUACAGCCAGUACUGUGUCGCUGACGAGAAAAUCUCAUUCAAGGUAUCUAAGAGCAUCUCCAGUGAGCAUGCUUGCACUGUCCCAUUAGCGUCGGCAACCGCAUGGCUCGCUUUAUUCGCUAAAGACUGCCUCAACCUCGACCGCUCUCGGGCGAAGGGUACUAGCGUACUCGUUUGGGGUGGCAGCUCGAGUGUGGGUUUAUAUGCCAUCCAGCUCGCUUCCUUUUGCGGCUUCGAUGUGGUAACCACUUGUAGCCCGAAGCAUGCCGAUUUGGUCCGUUCCUACGGUGCCAAACAUGUGUUUGACUACAAAGACAAAAAUGUGGUUGAGAAGAUCCAUAAUGCGGUCCCGAAUCUGAAGCACGCUUUCGAUACUAUUGGGACCACCGAUUCCUCUACUGUCGCUUCCCGUGCGUUCCGUGCGGGACCUGGCAACCUAUGCACAGUGCGCCCAGGGAAGGCUAAUACCCAAGAUGUCCUUCCCGGUACCCAUAUUACGGACGUGCUUGUGUGGACUGCGUUCCUGAAUGAUCAUAGCUAUGGGGAAUUCAAGUGGCCUGCUUCAAAAGAAGACCACGAACUUAGCUGCGAACUUUUUGAAAAUCUGCCAUCCUGGCUGGAGAAUGGUACGCUUAAGCCGAGCAAUCCGAAAGUCCUUUCCGGAUUGGACGCUGUUCCAGGUGGAUUUCAGGAAUACAGAGACGGGCAGAUUUCUGCCUACAAAAUAGUUUAUAGGCUGUGA